AUGUCAACUGGAUUUUUGAUAACUAGCGUAGGAGGGAAACUCAAACAUUUAUCUGAUUUGAUUAAUCAACAUUUAAUAAAUAAAUUAUAUAUAUAUGUAGCUGUUAACAGAAAUCGUUCAAAAUUAAAAAACAAUGAACGUUUAUAUAAAAGGAUUAUUGAAAUGUAUUCAACAAGUUCAAAUUUAUUUCCAAAUUUAGAUGUGAGAAUAAUUUUGAAUGAAUUGAAGUUUUAUGAUUUUACUUUAGAAGUACAAACGUACAAUGCAGAUGUAAUUAUUAUUCCCAAAAAUUAUGAUUGUUCUAAUAUUCAAAAUGUUGAAAACUUAAAAAAAAAUUUUCAUGUAAUUUAUACUGAUGAUGUAAUGACAGAUAAAAUAGGUAAAGUACUGGAUUUGAAAAAAUCAAAAACUUGGAAGCUUUAUGAAAAUGUAGUUUUAGGAGGAACAUUCGAUAGGCUUCAUAAUGGUCACAAAAUUUUACUCACUGAAGCCUUAUUAAGUUGUUCUAAAAAACUAACUGUAGGAGUCACUAAUGAGGCUAUGACAAAAGGUAAAACAUUGCCUGAAUUGAUAGAACCUUGUGCAAAAAGAAUAUCUGCAGUGGAAAAAUUUAUAAGAGAAGUCGAUAGAGGAAUCGAUUAUGAAGUUGUAGAAAUAUCUGACAUGUAUGGUCCUACCAAAAGUGAUACAAGUUUCAAUAUGAUAGUAGUUAGUGCAGAAACUUAUCAAGGAGCACUUAAAAUAAAUCAAAUCAGAAAAGAAAAUAAUUUAAAUGAGUUGGAUAUACAUGUUGUCAAAGUAGCUAAAGACAAAUUUAGCAAUGGUAUAGAAGAAAAAAAAAUUAGCUCAAGCAAUGCCAGAAUAAGAUUAUUAGGUUCUUAUUUGAAACAACCAGAGCCAAAUACAAAACUACCCCCUAAGCCUUAUAUUAUAGGAUUGACAGGUGGUGUAGCUAGUGGAAAAACAAGUAUUUGUGAAUAUCUUUCAAGUUUAGGUGCUGGAAUUAUAGACUGCGACAAAGUUGGUCAUGAAUUAUAUAAACCCCAAACAGAUAUAUACAAAAAGCUAGUUAAACUUUUUGGAGAAAAUAUUUUAGCUCCAAACAAAGAAGUCAACAGAAAAGAACUUGGCUAUAUUGUUUUUAAUAAUCGUGAUAAGUUAAACAAACUUAAUGACCUAAUGUGGCCAGCUAUUUAUAAUUAUGCCAUUGUGGAGUCUCAAAGAAUGUACAAAGAAGAAAAAAAAGAAAUAGUUUUUAUAGAAGCAGCAGUUAUGAUAAAAGCUGAAUGGCAUAAGAAAGUUCACGAACUUUGGUCAGUCAUAAUUCCAGAAGAGGAGGCCAUUUCUCGAAUGAAAAGGAGGAACAGUUAUACAGAAGAAGAAGCCAAAUCAAGAAUAAAUGCACAAUCCUCAAAUUAUGAACUUGUACAGAAUUCCAAUGUUGUAUUUUGUACUUUAUGGAGUUUUGACUUUACAAGAAAACAAGUAGAUAAAGCAUGGAAAUCAGUUCAAACUUUUGUAAAAUGUAAUUCAUAA